AUGCAAGCAGCUCAUAUCGUCGGUUUGGCUGUUGCAGUGCAGCAAGUGUCCAAGAUGUUCCCGAAUCAGAAACCGAGCUGGCAAGAUUUGGAGAAAUUCAUCAAUCAAAAAAACAACAUAACAAUGGCCACGUCGAAAGAAAAUUUGGGGUUGCACGACCUUGUGGACACAAUUAUCAUAAGGGCAAUUAAGGGCGAGAUAGUGGAAAUUUGUGGAAGCAAGGAUCAUUUCAAGACUCAUCCCAACUGGACAAUUGACCAACAGCACGAGCGUUUUCUGCAGAUCCGUAACUGGGUGGAGACACGUAAAAAGGAGCUGGUUCAACAGGAGAAGAGCGAGUAUACUUCUGGAUGCAUCUCUUUCUGCACUGCGCUUCUUCAGUCGCUUAAACAAGUAGGCUAA